ACCAGUUAGUCUUGAAAUAGAUGUUGUAAAAGACAGUCGCUGUUUAAAGUUCAAAUUGUCUGCCGUGUGUUCUAAACGGUUAUUCCGAUUUUGUCGCGUGUGAAAAGAUGAUUAGAAGAGACUACGUUCACCCUCGAGAAUCUGCGCUGGCCGAAGAUCGUUCAAUGGUUCACGACAAUGGCCCGGCCGGUAGAGAACAUCGCGCUCCCAACCAAUCAUCGAUCGAAGUGGUACAUGCCAUUCCGUCAUCAGAGGAAGAUGCUUUGGAGGUUGAGCGUAAGCGGAACGCGGAACUUUCGUUGAAAUUGCGGAAGGUCAAGGCCAGGAACAAACAGCUAAUGACAUCGAACGCGGUUUCCAUAAAUCCUAAGUCAACCCGUGUUCAGUCUACCAUUCGAGAUACGUACACAAGCAAUAAUUCGUUAUCAACAUCCAUGAACAACCUUUCGUUCGCCACGUUGAACAUUGCGGAAUGUAGACCCAUGGAGGGUGAAGAUGAUAUAGAUAGGCGUUCUUUUGAGAACUGGCGUACAUUACUAGAAGCUUCAAUGCAACUUGUUGGGGUAACAGACGAAGUUACAAAGAUGAGUAUUUUCCGUAUCAAAGCAGGACCAAAGCUUCUGGACCUUCUGAUAAUAUGGGCUCAUCUAGCACAUCCGGCAAUAAUCCGUAUUCAAGCGCGAUGA